AUGAACAACCACACCAGCUGCGACGAACGCGGCAACUCCAUCGCGUCCAUCCACAACAAACGUCUGGAAGAGAAGCUGAGCCAUUUGGGCAAAUCCGUCCUCAUACUCGAUCUCAACUCGGCCUUCAACGCCGUCAUCGCUGACACCACCGACUCGCCAGUGGCGGAGCCGUUCACGAGCAAGCUGACGCCGUGCUGCGAGCCCAGUGAUCCCAAUGGAUUAUGUGGAGAUCGGGAUGACGAUGAAGACGGCAUGUUCGCCUACACGCUGGACACUGAUAACGUCCAAAGCUAUUUCUACUGGGACGAGAUGAACCCCACGCAUGCAGGCUGGGAGGCCGUCAUGAGCCAGCUUGAAUACUCCAUCAAGGACUUCCUCGGCAUCAGGGUGGGCUAG